AUGGAGCCACCCUGCCCAGAGGUGCAGAUAAGAGGCUGUGGGGUGUCUCCUCGGUUCUCUGUGAGGAGUCGGUCAAAGAAGCACUGCGAGAACCAGGACAAUCUUCUCCACUCUGACCAGCAAGCCCCAGACCGCAUCUCUACGUCUCCCACUUACAGGAGAUUAAGGGGCAAUGUCUGUGGAGCAACACUGCUGCCUCAGCAAGAGACCUAGGAAGUGCUCACCUGGAAGGAGCCUGGAAGCCAGCAGGAGCCUGCAGGCUCUCCAUGUUACCUCUCCAAGAGUCCGCCUGGAAGCCCAAAGAAUUCUUCACAUUCUCUAUCGCCCUUGAGACUCCAACCAAGAUUCCCUCCAGAUCCCCAAAGGUCCUCAACACAACUGGCUCAUUUGAACCCCUUCUCCUAUCUAUGGCCAUACCACCCUGAACACAUCCAAUCUUAUCUGAACCCCUUCCCCUGCUUCAGCCCAUCAGUAGGGGGUCUUUUUCCCAGGCCUCUCUUCCAGAGAGAGGAAGCCACUCACCACCCAGCCCUGCCACAAGGCCUCCUGGUUCUCGGAGUAGAAGGUCAGGUUAGCGAUGGUCUGCCGGCCAUUAGGUAUAGUAAAGGCAGCCCUCUUGCGAUCCAGGCCAUUGAAGACAACCUGUCAGAAGGCAAGACUGGGGUCUCAGGGAGGCUGAGCUGGGCGUGGCUGGAGGGCAAGGCUGCCGGCCAGCUUCCUUUCACAGCAGGAACCGUGUGUUACUCUUCCACUGGCAUCGGCUCCUCUAGAAUGGACGCUCCAUUGUACCUAGAGUUGCUGGGCAUUUGCACAAGUAUUGCCUCUUCCCCCUGGGCUGUAUUGCGACUUCCAUUCCACAAGGAUAGUAGCCUGAAAAGCUGGCGAGAGCGGGCAGCUACCCGUACCAGCAGCUGCCCUGGGGCCUGGCCCGCACGUGUGUUUGGUAACUACUGCGGGCACAGGUUCUAUGAGCAUGGGCAGGGUUUUGCGGUGCUCAACUUCCCUGGACUUGAGGUGUUCCCGGGGAACAUUCUGGUGUCAGAUGUAGCUGCAGAUUACCUGUGCCACCCCCUUCUGCUACCGAAUUCAGAAUCCAAAAAGCCAAGAUGGUGUUUCUCCCAGAGAGGCACGGAGAGUGGCAAAGACAAAUACAGGCACAUACCUGACCUGGAGAACUGCCUGUCCUCAGUGAAAAUUAUAGACUUCAGGGACUGUGAGUUCCACUGCCUCCUGGAUAAAACCUGGAAUGAAAUCAUGGAAACAUAUCAAAAACUUCCUACCAAUUAAUUAGACUUGAGAAAGCAGCAAGUGGCCGUGUUGGAAGUCUUCACGGGUGAAUGCAUUGAUUUCUUGGACCAUUUUAUCAUAAUGUGCAUUGCAUUUUCUAAAAAGAUCUUCAUGAAUACACUAAAAUAUCUACAAACUCAUGAAUAUCUUCUGGAUGUAGAUUUAUAGAGACUUUUUGCAAACCUAGAAGAGUUAAGUCAGACAAGCUUCGAUUUUGUAAACAGUGUUUUUGGCAUCAUCAAGGACUAUGCUGAGCCUUCUGAGACCUCACUACUGGUAGAUUUCAUCUCCAUGCUCACAAAGUUCUUCUUCUAACGAGGCAGCCUCUGUCAGAGCCACCAGACCUACUGCCUGAAUUACUUAGUCACUGUCUUUUAUCUUGAGAGCCUGAGGCAAAGAGAUGACUUUGGAAUUUAUUUAAAGUGGUGUGAGCAAAAUGAACAGUGAGGACAGCUCCACCUGCCUGAGCUGCUGGUGGCCCCACUGGACAGGUGGGGUCUCAGCACCUUGUUGCUGAAGAAUGUCUGGAAAUGGAGUAGAGACUCUAUGGAGAAAAUCAUGAUCUACAGCAUCAAGGAAAAGAUGGAAAGGUCAAUCAGGAUCCUUGAAGGAAAAGUGAAGUGGCUUGACAAUUGCCAAAAAUGUAGACAUCUACGGAAGAUUAUUGUGUGGCCUCUACUAUGGGAUAGAAACAAAAAGUUUCUCUCCUUGUUUUGCCUGAAACAUAUUUUUAAAGAACACAUGGCAGAAAACAUCUUGUCACCAACCACCAGACACAUUUUCUAUGAAGGAAAAUUAACUCUUGCAGAAAGCACAAGAUUCCUAGGUGUUUAUCUGUUUCUCUUUGAUGAUUUCCUCUUAGUUGUGAAAACUAAUUGCAACAAAAAGAAACUUGGAGGUUCAGGCACUGGUUUAAUGUGUCCUUCGCUUACUGCUGAGCCGUGAACAGUAAUAAAAGAGGGUGGUUCGUGUAUGGUACUUGAUCAGCCCAUUCCACUAGACCGAUUGGUGGUCAAAAGUAUCGAUCCACUCCACGUGUCUGCGUUUGGGCUGAGAAAUGCUUUCCUUGUACAACAUGAAAACAGAUAUCGACGGUGUGUAGCAAUGUUCUUAUUCCAAACCCAAAGAGAAAAUAUCAAAAAAACAUGGAUGACACAAAUAACAGCAGCAAUAUCUUGCUUCACCAAGAACCAGGAAACCAAGAAGAUAUCUUUAUUUACGUCGCCUGCAGAAUCCUCUGAAAUGUAA